CUAGUGUGGACGAAAUGGAGAAAAGAUUGCGGAUGUAAACAGCUGCGUUUGAUUGCGAACAAUAUUGGUGUCAGUUGUGAUAUUUAGCGGGAGGAUGAGGGUCACGGAUCUGAAUGGACUGUAGUGGAAAGACAGGAAGAGAUCACGAUACAGAAAGCGAUGGAGAGUCUAGUGAAGAAAGAAUAAAGGGGGCCAAGACAAUAGCAGUGUUGUGUUGGAGUGGAAAGUGGUGAUGGUGUUUGAUGAGACCACAGGGCUUCAUUUACACGCGAUCCGACUAACCGAUGUCAUAGAGAAAGAGAGAGGUGUGAAGUCCAACUGGCCCGGUUCAUGAGAAAAGGUGUCCUGCAGAGUCAUCUGAAGGUCCUGUCUGCUGGGAUGAAGACCUACGAGGUGCCUCCAGACUACAGUGAGGUUGUGCUACCUGAAAGACCCAAGCUGAAGUUUCUGAACAAGGUGCCCAACUUUAAGAAGGCGAAGAAGGAGAUGAAGAAGCUAAGAGACAUUCAGGGACCAGCCCAGACAGCCAACACCUUCACCAAGGGACAGUACGGCAUCGUGGCGCUGGGCGGGGGCUACCUCCACUUUGGUCACAUGGAGAUGAUGCGUCUGACCAUCAACAGGAGGAUGGACCCUCGCACCACCUUCGCCCGCUGGCGCAUCAACGCCCCCUACAAGCCCAUCACCAGGAAGGGCCUGGGCCAGAGGAUGGGCGGGGGCAAAGGGAACAUAGACCACUACGUCACACCGGUGAAGUACGGACGGAUGAUUGUGGAGGUCGGGGGACGGCUGGAACUGGGCGAGGUGGAGCCUAUCCUCAAGGAAGUGGCCAAGAAACUGCCCUUCCCUGCCAAGGUAGUGUCCAGAGAGAGCCUGACAGCCAUGCAGCAGGAGCAGCAGGACAUGGAGCAGAACAACCAGAACCCCUGGACCUUCCAGAGGAUCGCCAGGGGCAACAUGCUGGGCAUCAGGAAGGUCCUCAGCCCCUUUGACCUCCACAACCACGGGAAGUACAGCGGAAAGUUCCACAACCCAGGCAGGGUGUGAGGGAGUCGCCCGUGGUGCUGUCACAUUUUAACAGCUGCGCUUUGGAACAUGGCUUGCAUCCAAAAUGGCAGCCCAUGGAGCCAAAAUGGCUGCCUAUUCCCUAUUCGGUGCACUACUUUUGAUCAGAGCCCAGGUGCCAUGUCAGACGCAGCCCAUGGAGCCAAAAUGGCUGGCAGUCAUGGGGAGAAUUCUCUCCUGUGUGACUCCCUUAUUGGAAAUGUAGAUCAGUGAUUGGUGUUCAAUCGGAAAAUAAAGACACUUGUCUGAAUCUUCUGUUUUUAAAA